AUGGCUACGAGCGCUCAGAAACCGAUACUUAUCUCCGGUGCUGGCAUUGCGUCCCUCUUGCUCGCGCAAUCCCUCCUCCGGAGCUCCAUUCCUUUUCUGAUUUUUGAGAGGGACAGCUCCAUCUCCUUCCGCGCACAGGGGUACCGGCUACGCCUCUCUUCCGAAGGGCUGGAUGCCAUCGAGUCGGUCCUCGGGCCCGAGGGGUUCCAGCGAUUCUGGAACCAAUGUGGCAAGACCGGGGGCGGUGGCUUCGCGACUAUAGACGCGACAACAGGCUCGGUGAUGACGGAAUCUGCGACAGAUAGCGAGCGCGAAAAGAUUAAGGGGGAGGGAGCAAAAAGCCCAGCAGAGAUUCUCGCAUCUCGCGAAGGAAAAACCGUGGGGAUUUCCAGGGGCGACAUGCGCAAAAUCUUCAUGUCUGGAUGCGAACCGUUUGUUCGCUGGGCUCACCGCGUUACAGGCUACGAACUAACGUCGUCCGGUGUUUGCGCAGUCUUCGCAGACGGCUCCAAAUCAGACGAGGGGGAAAUGUUGGUCGGCGGCGAUGGUAUAUACUCCGGUGUCGCAAAACAGUUGUCGCAAGGAAGACUAAAAACUUAUGAUACGGGUGCGAGAGGGAUACAUGGCCAAGCACCGACUACAGCGUUCAGAGGCCUUGGAGAAGGUGUCUGGCGACUGACAGAUGACUCUAACCCGACUGGAAGAGUAUUCGUUAUUACCAAUGUCCGGCCAGGUGAUAUGGACGAUCCCAACCUGCAGUUUGGGUGGACGAUGGGGGCUCAGCCCGGCGUCAUCCGGCCACCGAAUGACGAUUAUUCCAUCAUCGGAACCCCAGCAGCUGAGAUAGCGAAAGCCCUUAGCGCCAAUUGGCACCCCCGCCUGAAGCCCCUUUUCGAUGAAAUGGAAGAAUCCGAGGCUGCGUUUUGGAAGAUUACUUGCUCCACCCCCACAGGCGUCCCGGAAUGGCGGAACGAGGCGCGUGUCACAGUCAUCGGAGACGCCGUGCACUCGAUGACCCCUGCGGGCGGGAUUGGUGCAAACACGGCUGUUAGAGACUCUGCGCUGCUCGGUGAACUGUUGGCUAACGCAGGCGGUUAUCAAAGCGAUGUGACCGCGGCUUAUGAAAGCAAGAUGAGGAUAUAUGCCAGUGAGGCGGUCAAGACGAGUUAUGGAUUGGCGGAGGCUCAAUUUGGGAUUUCCAUCACUGAGGACUCAAAAACGGUCGGUUUCUAG